AUGGGCAAGAAGCAGCCCUACAUCCCACCCCUAAUCGGGUGGCUGUACGAUCUCACGCUAUGGACCUUCUCUGUGCUGAUCGACCUGUUCUUCCGCGAGGUGCAUCCGCGCGGAUCCUGGAAGAUCCCUCGCCGUGGUCCCAUCAUCAUUGUUGCUGCCCCUCAUGCGAACCAGUUCGUCGAUUCGCUCAUCCUGAUGCGCGUUAUUCGUAGCGAGGCCCACCGUCGCAUCUCAUGGCUUAUCGCCGAGAAGUCCUUCCGUCGCAAGUUUAUCGGCAUGCUGGCACGAGGUAUCGGAGCGCUCCCAGUGGCUCGAGCGAUGGACAGUCUGAAGGCUGGCAGUGGCACGGUCUAUCUUCCGGAUCCUGUCAACGAGCCGACCCUGUUGCGCGGCGUGGGAACGAACUUUGAAGGCCCAGGCUUUGAGCCGGAAGGAACAAUUGCACUGCCGACCAUUAAUGGGACCUCGCAUAGUACCACCAUUGCAGAGAUCCGUGGCCCGGAAGAGCUCGUGUUGAAGAAGCCAUUCAAGCACCCUGACGCCAUUUUUCAGUUGACCGGAAGGAAGGAUGUCGAUGAGAAGGGAAAUUUCACUGGGGAUGGACCCAAAGAUCCUGAAUUCAAGGGCAGCAAAUUCAAGUUUGCGCCUCAUGUUGACCAAACCGCCGUGUACGAGGCAGUCUUUGGCAGACUGAAUGCAGGUGGAUGCGUGGGCAUCUUCCCCGAGGGUGGUAGUCAUGAUCGACCAUCCCUGCUACCUCUGAAAGCCGGUGUGGCUCUUAUGGCUCUUGGUACCCUUGCGGAUAAUCCGGAUUGUGGUUUGAAGAUUGUGCCCACAGGUAUGAAUUACUUUCACGCACACAAGUUCCGAUCUCGCGCGGUGAUCGAAUUCGGCAACCCACUCGAAGUUCCGAAGGAGUUAGUGGAGCAGUUCAAGCGUGGUGAACGCCGUGAGGCAGUUGGUGCCCUUUUGGAAAUCAUUUACCAAAGCCUUGUGGCUGUCACCGUCACUAGCCCGGAUUAUGAAACACUUAUGGUUAUCCAAUCCGCGCGUCGCCUUUACAAUACCAAGGGCAAGAAGCUUCCUUUGCCAAUGGUUGUGGAACUCAAUCGUCGACUCGUCAAAGGAUACGCCCAUUACAAGGAUGACCCACGAAUUGUUAGCCUCCGAAAGGAGAUCGCGAGCUACAACAAACAGCUUCGCAUUCUUGGCAUCCGGGAUCACCAGGUUGCCUAUGCCAAAUUUUCGAUUGUCCAAGUGGUUGCUACCCUGAUAUAUCGUCUGGUGAAAUUAGCACUUUUGACUAUUGGAACGCUGCCCGUCGAAAGAGGCAUUGGCAGCAUCCAGUGUGAAGCUGCAAGGCCGAGACGUCAUGGCGACCUGGAAGUUGCUCAUUGCCCUUGCCUCGCCCCGGCUGUUUAUGCCUCUUACACCACUGCGCUCGCCAUUUGGACCUACCGUAACCGAAUCCAGGGAACCGUUCCUGAUUGGGUCCCCUUAUGGCUCGUGGUGAUAUCUUCUAUGGUCCUGUUCCCCACCAUCACCUUCGCUGCUCUCCGGAUUGGCGAGGUAGGAAUGGAUAUCAUCAAAUCUUUGCGGCCGCUGGUCCUAUCCUUGAACCCCUCCUCCGCCAACAGCUUGAACAAGUUGCGAGAGAAACGAGCGGCUCUCGCUGAGCAAGUGGAUGAUGCGAUCAAUACUCUGGGCCCUGAGCUGUUCCCCGACUUCGACGCAGCUCGGAUUAUGUCCGACCCAUUCCGCGAGGCUGAAGAGGUUGCAGCUGAGGGGGGACCAAUGUCCAAGCCUACCACUUCACCCGAGUUGGGACAAGCAGAGGAGGGCUCACCUUUCCAGGAGCCCCUGCCACGCAACGAGUCGUUCCACAAUCUGGCCAAUAUUGGCUUCUUCUCCACACGACCACCUAGUCGCGAUCGCAGCCGGAGCAACUCUGCGGCACCUCGGCCUGGCUCUCGUCAUGGAUUGAAACCUCUUAGCCCCCUCUCUGCAAAAGACCCUUUGGAGGAUGUCAGUUCCCGGAUCCGGGAUGCUAUGAGGGAGCGUGGCCAACGACGUCGGCGCAUGAGUGAAGACGGAAGCUGGGAUAUGGCUAGCUCGGGCCGCACCACCCCAUCUAACAGUGAGGAGUUCCGCAAAGACCUAUGA